AUGAAUAAUCAAGAUGAUUCCUCACGGGCUCUGGACUCUGAAUUUGAUCAUUAUCUUGUUGAUAUGAAGCCGUAUGUGCUGAAACUGCCACAUAAGACAGAGCGCCAGCUAUGUGCGCUGUGGAUUAAGAAGCUUUGUGACCCUGUAACCUAUGGCUCUGGACUGACUGGAAGGAAAAAUCGUAACAUGUAUGCCCGCCUUCUUCUGCACAUGCUCAGAACAGGGGUUUUGGAGGGCCCCUUUACCAACAAACCUGAACCUGGCAGCCUCAAGACUUUACCCACAUACAUGUCUAUCUACUUUGAUGAACCAUUGGUGAGAAAGUCACGGGAGUGGAGCUCUGCAGAGCUGCCGGACUGGGUGUGUGGUGAAUUGGGUCAAGCAGAUGCCACAUGGUUCACAUCACCACUCUCAAACGCACACAGGAAGAAGGAAUUGUUUUAUGAGAAGUCUCCGGCCAAACCCUUUGCCUCCAGUCCACUCAAACACAUGGAGAAGAGCCAUAUUAAGAUGGCGGAGGAGACACACAGUGGGCUGCCCAUUUCUUCUGAUGAUAGUGACUUUGAGACCCGCUUCAACAGCUGGAACCUGGGGGUAAUAUUGAUUGAAAACCCCAGGUAUCUGCGUGAGAACCCUGUUCCUCUUUCUCCGAUUUACAACAAGUCCAGCACGGUUCUUGAGGAGACUGGCCCGGUGAAAUCUGAUAAAGAGAUUGAGCUGAGAACCAAAGUCCUGGAGGCCAAACAUCAGGAAGAGAUGCUGAGGAUGCAACAGAAGCAUGAUGCAGAGAUUCAGAAGGUUUUAGACCGAAAGAAUAGUGAGAUUGAUGAGCUGAAAAGCUUGUAUCGGGGGAAGCAGAAAGAGGUGGAGGAGACCGUUCGAAGGCUGGAAAACAGAGUUCAAAGCCUGCUGAGGGAGUCCCAGGUCAUCCGGCAGACCAAAGAGAAACAGAUCAGCGAGCUGAAAAAAAUGUCUGAUCAAAGUGCUGAAUCUCUGAAAAACGAAUGGGAAAAGAAGUUGCAUGCAGCAGUGGCAGAGAUGGAGCAGGAGAAGUUUGAGCUGCAGAAAAAACACACACAAAACAUCCAGGAUCUGCUGGAGGACACAAACCAACGACUGGCUAAGAUGGAGGAGGAGUACAACGCUCAGACUCUGUCCACCGAGCAGAUGGUAAAGGAGUUGGAGACACGAGUGAAGCAGCUUUCUGCGGAGGUGGAGACCGGGAACUUGCUCCGGCAGAAGGUCACACAGGAGAAAGCUGAACUAGAGGUCCAUAUAGCCUCCAUCAGCUCCGAGCUGCAAGAGGCCAAUCACAGGAACGUUUCCAUUCAGAAGGACAUUGAGCAGAUGAGAGAUCAUCAUGCAGACACGCUGCAGAAACUUGAGAAAAAACAUGCGGCUGACAUGAGUCACUUUCAGCAGGAGCAUGCCAUAUCUAUAUCCAAGUCUUCAGAGGUAAUGGAGGAUUUGGAGCAGACUGUGGCUUGCCUCAAACAACAGAUACAGGAAGCUGAAAAGAAGAAUCAAAAACAGCUCAAGGACAAGGAAACUAAGAUGCAACAGGAGAUGACAUACCUCCAACUCAGCACCGAUAAAAAGCUGAAGAUACUUCAGGCUGAGCUGGAGAAAGAACGAGCUGAUAGCAGAAAGAAGAUCAGCAGCAUGGAGGACUCACUCAGGGAUAAAGAGGAGCAGCUGGUUCGUCUUCGGGACAGUCAGAGACAGCAGGCCCAGCAGACUGAGUCCGCUCUGGAGAACUUUAAGAGACAGGUGGAACUCAGUGCACAUAAGACCUACGCUGAUAUGAAACAACAGAUGGAGAUAGUGGAGGCAGAUCUGAUUCGCUCUAAAUCACUACGAGAGAAACAGUCCAGAGAAUUCAGCCACCAGUUUGAGGAACUUCAGAAAAGACACGAGCAACAGAUCGUGGAACUGAAACUGCAGCACGAACAGGAGCGAACGCACCAACUCCAGACGCACAAUGCCGAAAAGGACAGCCUGGUCCAGGAUCACCGGCGGGAAAUCGACAGUCUGGAGAAGCAGGCGAGGGCCGCCAUCGUCCAGCAGCAAGCGCAGACCCAAGAAUGGAGUAAGCGCGAUGCUCAGACCAUCUCUGAGCUCAAGGCCCAGGUGCAUUCACUAAGGAAUGAGCUGUUAGCGGCUCACGGUCAGAAGAAACAGCAGCUGAUGGAGUUGGGCCUGCUGAUGGAAGAGGAGCGUCAACGGGCCGCUCAGGACCAGCAGGUGGCUUUGGAGCGGCUGCGAUCUGAGAUGGAUCAGGUGCGACUGGACCUGGAGAAGACCCACAAGGCUGAAAGAGAGCUGACCCAAGAAAAGAACAACAGCCGAAUGAAGCAUUUAGAGAAGGAAUACAAUCAGAGACUGGCCAAGUCUGCACAGGUUGUCGCUGAACUGCAGACAUCUCUCAGCAGCACAAAGGAAGAGAGUCGCAAAACGCAGCAGUUUCUGGAGAGAGAGUUAGAAGAAACCCAAAGACGCUGGGAUGAGGAGAGGAAACAGCUCAACAGAGAUGCUGACCAAAACAGUAAGGUUCUUCAGGAACGCGUGGAGACUCUACAGAAACACCUUCACACCGCUGAGAAGAAGUUGAUGAGCCGAGAGCUUGAACACCAGGAACAGAUGACACAUGUUCGUCAGGAGUGCGAGCAGAAGAUCAAAGGACUGAUGCCUGCUGAACUUAGACAGGAGCUGGAGGACACCAUUACCUCCCUUAAAUCCCAGGUCAACUUCCUCCAGAAGAGAGCUGCUGUUAUACAGGAGGAACUGGACACUUGCCGCAUCAGGAGGUCAGAGUCUGCUAACACAAACACACAUUUACAGUUUGACUGUAUCUGAGGGUCAAUUCUCUUAAAUGAUCACUAUGUUGCUUACAUAAUGUUUUUACCCUGAAGAAGAGAACGGUAGAGUGAGUGUAGAACGACUUCCUUCUAUCCCAUCUAUCCAUAUAAGUCUGAAUUUCCCUUGAAUCUGUGUUGAUUUUGCUUACAAUAAAAUUGAUGCAUUGGCUAUUUUUUAUUAAUCACAUGUUUCAUAGAGAAUGAUGGGAAAUGUAGUUGAGUUGUUCAAGUAUGUGCCUCCUAAAGCAAAAAUCUAUUUAUCAGUAAUA